UAAGCUUAAAAAAAAAGUAACAAAGUAAAGCAGCUUGUAUGUUUAUACUAGAGAUAUUAACGGAUUAGAUGACCCCUGUGGCUUUUGAAUUAUGCAAGCUCUCUUGCACUGAGACAUCUGGUCUAUUGAGAUGUGUCCAAUAACAGUAGCGGAUCACAUCCCAAGAAACCGCCAGUGGUAUCAAUUACAUUGUUAUUAUUGGCGGUUUAUGGCUCCUGGGGUAGAUACCCCAAUAGAGAUAAUACACUGGUAUAAGAGCAUACACAACAAUGAGCAGGUAUGGGGGCUACCAACAAAAUGAUGGACGGCAUCACCCCACAAACUUGUGCAAUGUGAUAGUCAUAAUGUGCAACUAUGCGUUUAAUUCAGAUUCAUCGCGAAAUAGAUACUGUUUAGCAACAAGAGCAAAUAGACGCUCGGCUUAUGGUACUUCAUCCCUUCUUUUUCUAGGCUUUUGAUCCAGCGAAAUAUAUAAACCAGGGGUAGUCUUACUGAGAUUUUUAGUUUAUCGCCUAAAAAUGUCUGGAUCACAUAGACCUAAUAGAAGAUCUAGUGAUUUUAGUAUUGCUCGUAUUCUUGCACGUAGUUCACGUAAAACCAAUGAGUUGCCAAACUUAAAUAUAAUCACCACGCGAUUGACAGAAAACAGAAUACACACUCCAGAAAAUUUUAAAUUUCAUUAUGAAUGUAAUCAAUCAAUUGAUGACACGAGUACGGGUGACAAUAGAGAUUUGUCGAGGACAGAAUUAAAAUUAGUUGCCAGUGAAACAGUUUGUGCAUCAUCAUCUUCAUCGAUAUCAUCAACAAGUGAAUUAAUUAAAUCAGUUAAUGAUAAGUGUGAAUUACCUCGUGAAAAUAAUGAAUUAAUUCCGAGUAAAAAUCUUUCUUGGCUUCAGUGUACACGUUAUCGGCCACCAAAGCUGCCGAGAAAAUCAUUAGCCGGUAAAAUUUGUAAAAGAAAACCAGCGACUCAUCCGAGAAUUCCAUUUACCUCAUUUCAACUGCAAACCCUUGAAGAUAAAUAUAAAAAAAAUGCUUAUCUAUCACGUAAAGAUGUUGUGCAAUUAUCAACAAUCUUACGUUUACCUCACAACCGAAUAAAAAUAUGGUUUCAAAAUCGUCGAGCGCGAGAUAGAAGAGAAACUCAAGUAACCAGUAGUUAAAUUUAAAAUAAUUAAAUACGUGAUAUUUUCAAUUAGAAAGUUAAUUUUUUUUUGUUUAAUUUUCAAUAGCCGUACAGGCAAUAUCAAUAUGAUUAAUAAUAUGUUACAAUUAAUUAAAUUGAUAAAUAACAAUCAUAUCAGAUGGCUCUCAAUUAAUGAGCCUC